GAAAUUAGGUAUAUACGCACUUUUUUACUUUUCUGACAAAGCAAAUUGGGUAUAAAACUUGUGGGAGCUCAGGGCUGGAGCAUAUUUGUUAAGCCAGAGUCAAGUGAGCAACACCCAAAGUCGAGAUCAACGAAAAUGUUCCGAUACAUCUGUUUCGCAGUAAUGCUGGCUAGUGCGUGGGCCGCACCCGUCGAUGAGCAGGUUAUGGUCACCGAGCCCGUAAUGGAGUUGCGUGCACCGCCGGUGGACACUGUGGGACCGGUUGUUGAUCCAGAGAUGGAUAUGCGCGUACCCGUUGUCGGUAUCAUGGACGCGGGACUGCAGCAGUCCACUGAUGGCGCUUACAACUUUCAUUAUCGCGGCGAAGAUGGCUCCUUCCGCCAGGAGAGCGCUGUAGUCGUCAACCCAGGCACGGAAUAUCAGUAUCUGAAGAUCAGCGGCAGCUAUUCGUACUUCGACGCCAACGGCAAGGAGGUGGUAGUGCAUUACAAAGCCGACGAUCGUGGUUUCGUGCCCGAGGGCAAUAAUAUAAUGCCGCAGAUUUCGACAGCGGCGAAGAUCAACAGCCAAUUGCCGCGUGUGGAGGAGAAGCCGAGACCACAAGAUGUGCUGUCGCAUGUUCCACAUGUUCCGCAUGUUCCGCACGUUCAGCAAGUGCCGGUUGUUGGCUCCGUUUGGAAUGGCCAAAUUAUGCAGGUGUAGGCGCUGAGCAGAUGUUUACAUACAUAUGUAAAUGCGAAUACGGUUGAGAGAUAAAUUAUGAAACGAAUGUUUUAGGUGUGGACUUUUUGUUUUUGCUUUUUUUAUUUUAUGUUUCUUUUUUAAGUUGUACUUAGCAUCUGCUUGAAUUGCUGCAAAUGAGAAUAAAAAGACUUUUCCCCACGA